UCUACCAUGCUUUUGCAAUUUUAGUUCUGUUGUGACAACAUGGGUGAUUCUACGAAACCUCUGUUCUCCGCGGUCUAUAAUUUUUUAUCAACUGUUUCCCCCAAAGUAGCACACGAAUUUAAAAAGGAAACUGGAAUUCUUCCACCUUCUAAAGAUGAGCCCAGCUUAAAUGAAAUUUAUACAGACUGGCUUCAAUCGCCAUCAGGAAGAAAGAGAAGGCACAGUUCAAUUAAUGAGGGUUUAGCAGAAGCAAAAAAAGCAAAAACUCAAAGCAGUGGCCAAAAGCGAUCAAAAGAAAGCAGCUCAAGCAGUUCUGACAGUAGUGAUAGUGAAAAUGAUAAAAAGAUUUCCUCGCCUCCAAAAAAGAUUGCCAAACCUUCUGAUCCUGUAGUUACACCAAAGGCAGGUUCAAAUGUUAGAGUAAGUAAAAAGACGGCAGAUUCUUCAGAUAGUGACUCAGAGUCAUCAAGUUCGGAUGAAGAACCCAAGAAAAAGCUGUCACCAAAACCCAAGACGGCAGUUGCAAAGAAAGCUGUUGUAUCUAAAACAGGGAAGGAGUCAUCAUCUGACAGUGACUCCAGCUCUGAUGAUGAAGCUGCCGCUAAGAAAACACCAGCUAAACCAGCAGUAGCUGCAGCCAAACCAGCUGUUGCGGCUGCCAAGGCAAAGAAAGAGUCAUCAUCUGACAGUGACUCCAGCUCUGAUGAUGAAGCUGCCGCUAAGAAAACACCAGCCAAACCAGCAGUAGCUGCAGCCAAACCAGCUGCCAAACCAGCUGUUGCGGCUGCCAAGGCAAAGAAAGAGUCAUCAUCUGACAGUGACUCCAGCUCUGAUGAUGAAGCUGCCGCUAAGAAAACACCAGCUAAACCAGCAGUAGCUGCAGCCAAACCAGCUAUUGCGGCUGCCAAGGCAAAGAAAGAGUCAUCAUCUGACAGUGACUCCAGCUCUGAUGAUGAAGCUGCCGCUAAGAAAACACCAGCUAAACCAGCAGUAGCUGCAGCUAAACCAGCUGUGAAACCAGCUGUUGCGGCUGCCAAGGCAAAGAAAGAGUCAUCAUCUGACAGUGACUCCAGCUCUGAUGAUGAAGCUGCCGCUAAGAAAACACCAGCUAAACCAGCAGUAGCUGCAGCUAAACCAGCUGUUGCAGCUGCCAAGGCAAAGAAAGAGUCAUCAUCUGACAGUGACUCCAGCUCUGAUGAUGAAGCUGCCGCUAAGAAAACACCAGCCAAACCAGCAGUAGCUGCAGCCAAACCAGCUGUUGCGGCUGCCAAGACAAAGAAAGAGUCAUCAUCUGACAGUGACUCCAGCUCUGAUGAUGAAGCUGCCGCUAAGAAAACACCAGCUAAACCAGCAGUAGCUGCAGCUAAACCAUCUGUUGCGGCUGCCAAGGCAAAGAAAGAGUCAUCAUCUGACAGUGACUCCAGCUCUGAUGAUGAAGCUGCCGCUAAGAAAACACCAGCUAAACCAGCAGUAGCUGCAGCUAAACCAGCUGUUGCGGCUGCCAAGGCAAAGAAAGAGUCAUCAUCUGACAGUGACUCCAGCUCUGAUGAUGAAGCUGCCGCUAAGAAAACACCAGCUAAACCAGCAGUAGCUGCAGCCAAACCAGCUGUUGCGGCUGCCAAGGCAAAGAAAGAGUCAUCAUCUGACAGUGACUCCAGCUCUGAUGAUGAAGCUGCCGCUAAGAAAACACCAGCCAAACCAGCAGUAGCUGCAGCCAAACCAGCUGCCAAACCAGCUGUUGCGGCUGCCAAGGCAAAGAAAGAGUCAUCAUCUGACAGUGACUCCAGCUCUGAUGAUGAAGCUGCCGCUAAGAAAACACCAGCUAAACCAGCAGUAGCUGCAGCCAAACCAGCUGUUGCGGCUGCCAAGGCAAAGAAAGAGUCAUCAUCUGACAGUGACUCCAGCUCUGAUGAUGAAGCUGCCGCUAAGAAAACACCAGCUAAACCAGCAGUAGCUGCAGCUAAACCAGCUGCGAAACCAGCUGUUGCGGCUACCAAGGCAAAGAAAGAGUCAUCAUCUGACAGUGACUCCAGCUCUGAUGAUGAAGCUGCCGCUAAGAAAACACCAGCUAAACCAGCAGUAGCUGCAGCUAAACCAGCUGCGAAACCAGCUGUUGCGGCUACCAAGGCAAAGAAAGAGUCAUCAUCUGACAGUGACUCCAGCUCUGAUGAUGAAGCUGCCGCUAAGAAAACACCAGCCAAACCAGCAGUAGCUGCAGCCAAACCAGCAGUAGCUGCAGCCAAACCAGCAGUAGCUGCAGCCAAACCAGCUGUUGCGGCUGCCAAGGCAAAGAAAGAGUCAUCAUCUGACAGUGACUCCAGCUCUGAUGAUGAAGCUGCCGCUAAGAAAACACCAGCUAAACCAGCAGUAGCUGCAGCUAAACCAGCUGUUGCGGCUGCCAAGGCAAAGAAAGAGUCAUCAUCUGACAGUGACUCCAGCUCUGAUGAUGAAGCUGCCGCUAAGAAAACACCAGCUAAACCAGCAGUAGCUGCAGCUAAACCAGCUGUUGCGGCUGCCAAGGCAAAGAAAGAGUCAUCAUCUGACAGUGACUCCAGCUCUGAUGAUGAAGCUGCCGCCAAGAAAACACCAGCCAAACCAGCAGUAGCUGCAGCCAAACCAGCUGUUGCGGCUGCCAAGGCAAAGAAAGAGUCAUCAACUGACAGUGACUCCAGCUCUGAUGAUGAAGCUGCCACUAAGAAAACACCAGCUAAACCACCAGUACCUGCAGCUAAACCAGCUGCCAAACCAGCUGUUGCGGCUGCCAAGGCAAAGAAAGAGUCAUCAUCUGACAGCGACUCCAGCUCUGAUGAUGAAGCUGCCGCUAAGAAAACACCAGCCAAACCAAUUAUUGCAGCACUACCUAAACCAAUAGCAGCUGAGACAAAGCGUUCUAAGAAAGAGGAAACGUCUGAUAGUGAUUCAGAUUCAUCUAGCUCUGAUGAUGAAAAACGAACUGUUACUGUUACACCUAAAGUUAAUGCAGGAUCUGUGUUAGCAUCGAACAAUAAAGCAGAGAGUGAUUCUGAUUCUAGUUCGGAUGAAAAAUCUGUGGUACAAAAGUCUAAAAAUACCACACAGACACCAAAAUUAAAUGGUAAAAGCUGCAUCGAAAAUGGGGAAUCUAGCUCCAGCUCUGACAGUGAAAAAGAAAUUCAAAGGCCUAAUAAUUCUGUAUCAACUCCAAGUUUGUUAAAAAGUUCUAAACCCACUCAUUCGUCUACACCAGGAGAAACAAAACAAUCAUCCAAAAGUAAAGACACAUCAAUAUCAGAUGUUACAACACCUAAGCAGAAUGGGAUGACACCUUCUGGUGAUGCUCCCUCUUCACAAGGAAAGCGUACACCAAGUGAGCCAUUCAGACGAGUAAAAUCUGAAGAAGUUUAUGUUGAUCCACGAUUCUUAGAUAAUUCGUUUGAAGCUAAGAGAGGAGCUCAUGGCUCCUGGGGUGAGAAGGCUCAUAAAGAUCUUAUAGUGACACGAGGAAAAGGAUUUAAACACGAAAAGACAAAGAAGAAGAGAGGCAGCUACAGAGGAGGCACUAUAGACACUGGUGUACAUUCCAUUAAGUUUGAUGACAGUGAAUGAUCAAUCUUAUUUUAGCUCCUUGUAUAAAAAAUAUUUAUAGACAGUUGAAUUACCAAUAUUAACACUGCUGGCAUGAGUUUCUAUGAAAAGCUGUAAGGGUUCUUGAUAGAAAUGUUUCUUUAAUUUGAUAAUUGAUAAGCCAAUUGGAAUCCUUUCUGGUAAAAUCAAUUUAGUUUAGACAAAUGGAUAACUUAUUUUAUCAACAUUUAAUACAUCCGACACUGUCAGUGUGAAUUACUAAUUACUUUCUUUCAAAUAAUUAGAUAUCUUUUUUUACAAGAACCUGCAAAAUGCAUAAAAAGGUGAAGUUCUGCUUUUUAUGUGGUGCAAAGUAUUAAGCUUAAAAUGUGAACACAUGUUCAACCACAAAUAUUAUGUUAUGUAAUUUUUAAUGUAAGGACAAAGUUAGUUUUAUUUUUCUCCAUAAAAUUGUAUUAAUUGUUUUUGUUGGCCCACAAGUGUUCUUUUGCUCAUUUAUAGACAUAUACACUGUACAUGUUCAUAGCUGAUGUAGAAUUAUGGUGGAUUAUCAAUACUUUAAGGACUAAAUUAACCACAAGCUUGCCUCUUAAGUGUUGCUUGUUGUAAUGAAGUUUUGAUGUAUCUGAGAAAAUGACAACAACGGUGGCAUUAUUAUUAGCUUCAGCUCAUUUAGAUCAUCUUCUUAGUUGAGACAUUGUUUUAACUGUCACCAUAUACAUAUUUUUUACAUUGAUAUGUUAGAAAUGUAAAAAUAAAAGACUUAAGCUAAA